CACUUUGUCUGUUUACUUGCGCAGAACUGAUGGCACCUGCAUGUUGUUGACAAGUAUCACUAUUGUAGUAAAAUGGCAGAGUACACACUCACACUGACAACAGGUGACAUGCUAGACGCAGGUACCUUUAGUAAUGUCUUUGUCAGUCUGGUAGGCACAGAAGGUCAGUCCAACCGCACACAGUUGACCAGUACUGGACUGGGUAAUGAAACUGGGAAGGUGGGAAGAUUUUCAGUGACGACUGCAUUCACUUUGGGAUUCCUGCUCCUCCUGCAAGUAGAAAAAGAUCCUUUUCAUGAAUUGGAAGAUGAGUGGUUCUGUUCCACUGCCGUGGUGAGGACACCAGAGGACGAUGACGUUUUCUUCCCCUGCUACAAUUGGCUGUCAAGUGGCGAAAUUGUGGUUUUGAGAGGAGGCAGAGCCACAAAAGCAUAUGAAGACUACCUUCCGCUACUUGAAGAACAACGAAAAAAGGAAUUGGUCCAACAGAAGUUGACAUACAAAUGGGAUGAGUACGCUGAAGGAAUGGCUUUUAUUCUAAAUAUCAAAGACCCAAAUUCCCUCCCAGCUGAAGUACGCUACUCAUACUCAAAAGCCAGGGAGUUUGCGUACAGGGUGAAGUUUGCAAGAGAUGAGCUCUUGGAAACUGGCUUACUAAAUAAUGUGUCACUAUGGGAAGACUUUGAGAGCAUGAAGAAUGUUUCCUGGUUCACAAAAUCAACAGUUGCAGAACUAGUGUCACAGCUGUGGAAGAAAGACGACUUUUUCGCAUACCAGUUUCUCAACGGCGUCAAUCCUUUCUUGAUCCGACGUUACUCCAAGCUGCAGUCCAACUUUCCAGUCACAGAGGAAAUGGUGAAGCCAUUUUUGGCCAAUGGGACAACUCUAGCGAAAGAGAUGGAGGUACUUAGCCCGAACAACAGGCAUGAAAAUGGGUCAUGGGUUAAACAGAAUGGCAACAUUUUCAUUGUCGAUUACAAACUCAUGGAGGGUCUGCCAACAACUGUUCUGGAUGGUAAACGCGUUCCUCUGACUCCUGCCCUCUGCCUACUUUACAUGUCCCCUGAGAAGAAAUUACUACCAAUUGCCAUUCAGCUUGGCCAGCAGCCUUCCAAGGACAAUCCCAUUUUUCUGCCCAAUGACUCAGAGGCGGACUGGCUACUGGCGAAGCUGCACGUGAGACACGUGGACACCUUGCAAUGCUAUUUAGUCGAACAUUUGCAAAAUACUCACUUGAUAGCGGAGGUCUUUGCAAUGGCGACACUUCGCAACCUGCCAAUGGUGCACCCCCUGCACAAGCUACUGAUGCCUCAUCAUCGGGGUACCCUGUAUGUGAAUACUCUAGCUCGGACUUAUCUGUAUGGCCCGGGAAGGACUUUUGAUAUUACUUCCAUUUCAGCAGAGGCACAACUGCCGCUCUUGAGAAAGGCGCUGUCCCAGUUGACCUACACUUCACUCUGUCCUCCAGAUGACAUUGCUGCCAGAGGUCUUGAGUCCAUCCCCAACUAUUAUUACAGAGAUGAUGCUUUAAGGAUGUGGAAUGUCAUCCACAGCUUUGUCAAAGCAGUGGUGACAUACUACUAUCCAUUGGACAUCGAUGUGUCUGCAGAUUUGGAGCUCCAGGAAUGGGUUAAUGAGAUUUUCAACUAUGCGUUUUUGGGUAACGCGGCAUCAGGUUUCCCAUCGACUAUUGAAAAUGUUGAAGGGCUUAUCAAGUACGUUACAAUGAUGAUCUUCACCACGUCAGAACGACAUACUUCAGUCAACAUGGGACAGAUUGAUUAUCAAAAUUGGAUCCCCAAUGGUCCAGUGUUACUACAUUUGGAACCACCAACUAUAAAGGGAAAUGCUACCAUGGAUGACAUACUGUUGACUCUACCCAACAAGUCAACAGGAUCACGCACCAUGUCUGUUAUUUGGCUUCUUAGCGAGAAAUACGAUGACUUUGUCCCGCUGGGUCAGUAUCCUCAACGCUUUAGCGAGCCUGCAGUCUUGAGGAUGAUUGAAGAUUUCCAAGCAGAAUUGUCCACAAUCAGCGAUGCCAUCGAUAAGAGGAACGAGGAGCUUCAGCUGCCCUAUCCAUACUUGAACCCCAGACACACUGAAAAUAGUGUGACUAUUUAAGAUAAAACUGACGAGUUGGCAUGAUGAAUUAAGUGUAUUAAAUUUGUUGGUUAAUAAAGUCUCUGCUGGUUGA